CCUCCCUCCACUUCGCCCCAAAAAGGUUUUGCGCCGCCGCGUCCGCCGGGAAUGGAAGCCGCGGGGGCCGCGGCAAAGUUCUGCGCCCUCGCCGCCGAGCUCGCCGCCAAGUCCUCUCACGUCGCCGAACUGGAGGCUAGGGUCUCGCUCCUCGAAGCCGAGAACGAGCGCUUGAGGGAGGCCUUGGCGAGGCGAGAAGGCGCGGGAGAUCCAAAAUCUGGGCGAUUGGCGGCGGGUUUACGCCGAAGCAAGCACGAGGAAGCCGAGAAGCUCGGUGGCGGCGCGGCCUGCGACAUUAUUGAGUUGAGUGACUACGAAGAGGGGCCUGCUGCUGUUGAUGCCAACGAGGGGCAGAGCCCGGAGGAGGGCGUCGUUGCCGCCCCUACUCCUCGGAAUCGGGUGGUGAGCAGCGAGAGCGAGGAUGAAGCCGAUGCGGAGGACGCUGAGGGAGGCGGCGGAAGCAACAUGGAAAAUGGCGCGGGCCUGGAGGACGAGGAUGUUUCGGUCACGCCACGGGGUAAGAGGCGGGCGGCGGCUCGGGUGGUCACCAGUGAUAGCGAGGAUGAGGAUGUGAAGGGUGGUGAGCUUGGGAGUGGCAACGAUGAUGCUGAUGAUCAGGAGGAAGGCGUUAAGGCCAGCAGGAAGCGAGGGUUGUGUGGAAUCAGUGACAGUGAUGAUGAAAUGGAGGAUGUCACUGGCGGUGUUCAUGUGGUUGUUUCGAAGGCUGCUUCACGUGUAGUUGCGGCGCAGAUUGAGAGUGGGGAUGAUGAGGAUGAUAUGGUUCCCAUUUCUCAAGUGCUGAAGAAGAUGAGGAAAGAGAGGGCGAGUGAAGAUGAUGCUGAUGAUGGAUUGCAUGAGGCAAAAGGGUGUUCUACUCGCACAACAAGGCGCUCGGCGCGGUUGGUUAGGAAUCAGUCAAAAGGGGAACGAGGUUCCCGCCGGGUGAACAACUUUGUUGAACCCAAGGAUUAUGAAGGGAGUGAAGAUGAUAUGGAAGAAGACAAUGAUACAGACGGGUUUAUAAAUGAUUCUUCUUCUGAAAGUGCCAGUGGAUCUGAUGAAGAAUCCCAUGAUGUGUCCGGUACAUCCGUUCUGAAUGAAGAAUCCUCUCCAAGACCAGAAGAGUCUGAUCCUGUGGCAGACUACGCAGGUGUUAUGGCUCACAUAGGCCGUAAAAAGAAAGCUAAAGACUGGAAAUUUGAGGCAGAUAUGCUAGCAGCAUUCGCCGAACAUCCUGAGCUUUGCCUGAAGGCUGUUUGUGCCCUCUAUCGGAAGCAAACUCAGGAGGAACAGUUGGAAAAGGCCGCUUUGCUUCAUAAUAAGCAGGGAUUUAGCCACAUCGAUGCCCAUUGGGGAUCUUGCAUAGCAGAAUUUCUUCUGGAUGGUGAUCGGGAUGGUCCACUGAAGAAGACCAUCGAUGAUUUGGAGGAGCAUGAUUCUAAUGCUCUUGGGUUCUGUCGCAGGGUGGCUUCAAAUUACUCAAAACAACUGUUUGCAAUUUAUCAGAACAAGGAGGACCCUUACUUUCAUCCAUAGCUCUGGUAACCCGUAUACCGUAGGCUUACCUUUUGUCCCUCGUAAUGUUUUAUCGUCUGUCUGCCUUGCUGUUUUCACUCUUUUGUACAUAUGUGUUUAGUUAUUGGAUCUUCUGGAGAAGUUAGGACCGGUUAAGUUUGGCCCUGAUGUCUCACUAGGAUGCUUGUGUAGCAAAACGAGUGUCCUAUCGUGUUUGUGUUCUAGUCUGGUGGAUGCUUAAGUGCCUGUGCUGCACUCCUGUUUAAUACAUCCUUGAGAGACUCUGCUUA